AUGUCUGCGUCGAAGUUUGGGACUCGAUUGAUGUGUGGAUUUUGUUUGCCCAUUGUGGCACUUUCAUUUGUGGCCAGUGGAGCUUACGUAAUUCUCAAACUCAUUGCAAAGACAGCAAGUUCUUCCCCGGGCCAAUCCAAAGUAGUAGCAUGUUUCAACAUUUUUUUCCUCAUUGUUGCAGCCUUCUGUCUUCUUUAUUGUGCUGCUGGAAUAUUUUUAGCAAUCUUCCUUUCAAGCAGAGAUUGUGCACAAGAUGUAAUGGCACUACUCUUUACCAAAAAUAAGAUUGCUCCUUCACCCACUACAACGGUACAAGGUACCCCACCCCCACCGGAUCAUCAUCUUCCCGUGAUUCUUUUUACAACAAUGGAUAUUACUCAUAAUGUCAGGACUUGUACAGCCAACUUGAAUUGUGAUUGUGUGCCAACUGUGUUAUUGUUAGGAGUAAAUGGUGUUAGAGAAGCUAGAGAUUCACAAAAUUGUGCUCAAAACUGUGGAACUGCUUUGAAACUAUCUCAUCGUAGAGGCUCUUCUUUUCCGGAUGAAAUUCUGGGCAAAUUGUAUAGGAUAAGCUCAGAAAAUGCAACUGAAGCAGGAACCCCGGAUGAACAUCUACUUCAGAAUGAAAAUAGCGAGGCAGCUGGGACCUCCCAAACUGAAUCAACCUCCAAUUCUGUUGCUGCUAAGGCUAAAAGAAGCAACAGCCUAAAAGUUCGAUCAGAUUUUGCAGGUAAGUUAGGUCAUGCUCAACCUUAUAUUCUAACCCAGAAGAACAAAUCCUCUACAAAAUCUGUUAAUAACAAUGGAAAUCCAAUUCGACCUGUCAAAAGAAGUGGAGACAAAUUACCUUCAGCAUCAGGACAGGUUUUGGGGGUAAAGGCUAAGACAGAACCUCCAAAAUCUUCAUCUAAAGCAUCUUCAAUGGCUUGGCACGUAAAGGAAAAUAAAAUUUCAAAGGAUCCAUCUAAGUUGACGUCAAACAUAAGUUCAUCCGACCAAGUUCAUAGAGGUCAGCCUGGUCAGAACAGCAUAUGUUUUACAGAAGCUGUUAAGAAGAGCAGACACCGAGCACAAGCUGUUAAGAUGAGUGGAACCCAAAUACCUUCAACUCCCAAGCAGGAAAAGGAAAUGAAAGAACCUUCUAAAGGUCCAUCUAAUUUUCCUGCUAAAGUAAGUUCAUCUGUUCAAGCUCGUUGGUGUCAGCCUGUUCAGAAGAGCAAAUGUUCUGCAGAAGCUGUUAAGAAGAGCGGAAACCAAACACAAGUUGUUAAGAAGAGUGGAGACCAAAUACGUCCUGCUUCCAAGCAAGAAAAGAAAAAGGGAAAGACAGAACGUUCAAAACUUGAAUCUAAUUUGUCUACAAAAAGGAUGUCAUCGGACCAAGUUCAUAGAGGUCCCAAUCGGAAAAGAGAAGGUUCUGCAGAAGCUGUUGAGAAUAGUAAAAAUCAACCAGAAGCCGUUAAGAAGAGGACAAACCAAUUAUCUGCAACUCCCAAGCAAGUAUGGCAGGUAAAGAUAAAGACAGCAUCUUCACAAGAUUCAGGUAAAACAUCUUCAAAGGUUCGUCAGGAGAAGAAAAAGACAUCUUCUACAUCCCACACCAAACACCGAAGGCGCCGCCAGCACCAGCAAUCAAGAAGUUUCUCUCCAGAAUAUUAUAUAAUGUGGGACGGUUUUGUUAAACUUGGACUUGGCUGUUUUUUGUGCGAGAAUGAUCUUGCGCAUUGGCCAUUACCAACUGAUGAGGGGCUGGAGUCUGAUAAACUUCCAGAUGUUGCUGUUCUUCCGUGUGGUCAUGCAUUCCAUACCCUGUGCUUCGAGCAAGCAAUGCCUGAAGAACUGUUGAAAGAUCCUGCAUGCUUUAUAUGUGCCAGCUUACAAUGA